AUGCGCUGGGUUUGUUCCUGCGCGCUGCUGCUGCUGCUGCUGCUGAUGGUGCUGCUGGAUAAUGCCGUGGCCGUGCCUGCGUGGAGGAAACCCACGGUGGCUAGUAUUCAGUUGCAUAAACCAUGUGUGCAGACACUGGCACCUGUGGACACGAGGUCUCAUCGAGGUCUGGCUCGACCCAAGCGCUAUGCCAUCAACCCACUGGGAUACAAGUGGGAGCAUUUUAACGUCACCUACAAGAUCACAAAGUUUCCCAACACACUGAAUAAAGACGAUACCCGCAAAGCUAUCAGCAUCGCCUUCACGAAAUGGAGUGAUGUUUCUCCUCUGACUUUCACUGAAAUCACCAACCCCAACAAAAGUGCUGACAUCACUAUAGGCUUCUACACGUACAAUCACACAGAUUGUUGGUGGUCUCCAUUGCACCCAUGUUUUGAUGGACUGAACGGUGAGCUGGCCCACGCCUUCCUUCCCCCACGUGGAGAGAUUCACUUUGACAACCACGAAUUCUGGAUUCUGGGCAAAUCCCGCUUCAGCUGGAAACAAGGUGUGUGGCUGAAUGACCUGGUUCAGGUCGCUGCUCAUGAAAUCGGUCACGCUUUAGGCCUCUGGCAUUCACAGGACCCUAAUGCGUUAAUGCACCCUAAUGCAACAUACACGGGUCAGAGGAACAUCGCUCAAGAUGAUAUCCGGGGCAUCCAGCGCCUUUAUGGAUGCAUGGACAAGAAGCGAGUGUGUGAUCCUUGGGCCCGCUUGGGUUUCUGUGAGAGGAGGCGGAGCUUCAUGAAGAAAAACUGCCCACAGCGCUGCGACCUGUGCUACGAGCCUCUGGAUGCAGUGUCUACACCGACACCUCCUCCAGAGAAUGUGAAGAUCAAAAUUGUGCCUCGUGGAAAAGUUGUGGGCUUCCGCUGCGGGACAAAAAAUACCAGAGUGCCUCCAAAAGUCAGCUGGUAUAAGGACGGUGAGCAGUUGCUGACAUUUUUUUCAUACUCAGCGGUGCAUGUGAAUUCCACCGUUUUUCGGUAG